UAUACAUUUCAGUUUUCUAUUUUUACAUACAUUGUUUUGGACAUACCAAUAAUGAUUUUACAAUAACGUGUAUUUUUUUGCAUGUAUAUAUGAACAGUAGUCGAAAUAAAACUUUGACUUUUAACCAGUGUGUAGGUUACACAAAAAAAAUUGGACUGUCCACUGUCUAAGAAAUUAAAAAUCAAGUUUAAUCAACUAAUUAAGAAUUUUUUUUAAGAAAAUUGUAUAAAUAAAAAAUUUUAAUAAUAAAAACCACUGAAUAUCAAAUAUCAUAAAAAAUUCAAAAUCAAACGCAUAACAUAAAAAAUUGAAUAACAUAUAAAAAAUUGAUGUUACUUUCUGGUAAACUUUUUUUUUUUAUAAAGGCUGAAAAACUUGUUGGAAAUCUUCAAUUGAAAUGUUUAAUGUUAGGUAUCGUAAAAAAAUAUUUAUCAAUUUCUAACAGAAAAAUAAUUUGUAUUGUACCUUAUUCUUAUACUUACGAUCCAUCUUUGUUAUAGUACUACCCCUGCGAAGAUUACGAGUGUUUAUAGCGACUAAACACUCCAUAAUCUUUAUCAAUAACCGGUUACCGGUCGUUAUUAAUUUUUAUUUUUUCCCUGCAUUGUUUAAAUAAAAAUAAUUAAAUAAAUACAGAUUUGACUUCAUGAUGGCUGCUUGCGCUUCCCCAGCAAUGUGUACACGUCCCACAUGUUGGGAAACACUGCUCUGCAUAAACUUACAAGCCACCUGCCUCUACUUAUCAGUCAAAGUCUUCCAUCAGGUAAUUCUAUCAAGCUCAUGGCAAGUUAACAUUUAUGAAAAUACAUUUUAGUUUAUAAUUAAUAAUGUAAUAUAAGGUAAAACAUUGAGAUUUAAUAGAUAUAUUAUUACUGUUUAUUACUUUGCUGGCCAAAAAAAUGUUUUAACACAAUUAAAAACAUUCUGACAACGUAUAACCGUUUCUUGAAAAACUUUUUAAAAUUGUAUUAAAAUAUGAUUUUUUUGUACGGAAUGUUUAUUUUCUACAAAAAUAACGAAAUUUAUUAUGCUAUGCCUUGUCCUAUUUUUGGCGUUGUUCACGUCGCCGCCCGCCGCAGUUACUGCUCCUGUGAUGAUGGUCACCGACGGACUGGCUGACAACAGUAACUUUCGGCUCUGGCCGCGGCGAUCUUCACUACCCGACACCUUGGCCGUCCCCACGAUGAUGGCUGCCGAAGGACCGACUGGCAACCAGAAGUUUCAGUCAUCGUUGCCACAUCACUACCAGUGUAGCCACCCCGCCAAGGUGACCGAGUCUGACUCAGCAUUUGUCUACACCAGGGCAAACCAUUACCACGAUCGCUCGAGCGUGGUAACCAAGUCCACUCUAGCCGUGUUCCACACCAGGACAGGCAAUUACCGCGACCGCUCGAGCGUGGUAACCAAACCCGACCAGGCCUCGGCAUACAUCAGGAAUCAACACGACCACUCAACGCCGGUCACCGAAUCCGACUCAGCAGUGAUCUACACCAAGACAGGCCAUUACCACGACCGCUCGAGCGUGGUAACCAAACCCGACCAGGCCUCAGCAUACAUCAGGAAUCAACACGACCACUCAAUCCCGGUCACUGAAUCCGACUCAACAGAUGUCUACACCAGGGGAAACCAUUACCACUACCGCUCGAGCGUGAUAACAAAAUCCACCCCAGCUAAGUUCCACACCAGGGCAGGCCAUUACCACGACCGCUCGAGCGGAGUAACCAAGUCCAACCAGGCCUCGGCAUACAUCAGGAAUCGACACGACCACUCAACGCCGGUCACCGAAUCCGACUCAGCAGUGGUCUACACCAAGACAGGCCAUUACCACGACCGCUCGAGCGUGGUAACCAAACCCGACCAGGCCUCAGUAUACAUCAGGAAUCAACAUGACCACUCAACCCCGGUCACCGAAUCCGACUCAGCAGAUGUCUACACCAGGGGAAACCAUUACCACUACCGCUCGAGCGUGAUAACAAAAUCCACCCCAGCUGUGUUCCACACCAGGGCAGGCCAUUACCACGAUCGCUCAAGCGGAGUAACCAAGCCCAACCAGGCCUCGGCAUACAUUAGGAAUCAACACGACUACUCAACCCCGGUCACCGAAUCCGACUCAGCAGUGGUCUACACCAGGGGAAACCAUUACCACGACCACUCGAGCAUGGUAAACAAGUCCACUCCAGCCGUUUUCCACACCAGGACAGGCCAUUACCACGACCGCUCGAGCGUGGUAACCAAACCCGACCAGGCCUCGGCAUACAUCAGGAAUCAACACGACUACUCAACGCCGGUCACCGAAUCCGACUCAGCAUUUGUCUACACCAGGGCAGACCAUUACCAUGACCGCUCGAGUGUGGUAACCCAGUUCACCCCAGCCACGGUUUACACCAGGGCAAGCCAUUACUACGACCGCGUGGCAACUGAGCCCGACCAGGCCUCGGUAUACACCAGGAAUCAACAAGACCAAUCAAUCACGGUCACCGAGUCCAAUUCAGCAGUGGUCUACACCAAGACAGGUCAUUACCACGACCGCUCGAGCGUGGUAACCAAACCCGACCAGGCCUCGGUAUACAUCGGGAAUCAACAAGAUCACUCAACCACGGUCACCGACGCUAAACCUGGUCCCAACCCGAAUGAUCAUAAUCAGCUGCAGCUGACGUCUAACAGUAUUCCGCCGUCAUCAGUGGAAAAUACUGUUACUGAAGAUAUUGCGGCGUACGCCCAUUAUUACGACGAAUCUGGAGAAGACUUCAUCGACAACGACAACUUUUCGUUGUACGAUUUCGUUCCGGUUAUUUUGCUGGUGACGUUUGUGUUGUUAUAUCCGAGUUUAUAUUGUUAUAGUACUCGGAGAAAGAAAACAAACGGUUUUUAUUUGCAAACAAACAGCUGCAGUUGUACAGCAAAAUAUAUUUGCUGUUCGAAAUAAUCGCGUUUAUGACGUUAUAAUUAUUAUAUUUAAAACAGUAAAUAUAUAUUUUUCUGUAAGACCUCGAUUUUUGGCGUGCUAAUAAGACCGGUUGUUUACUGCCUUUAAAAAUAAACACUCGGAUACACAGACAUCGCCAGAAAAAUGAUCGGUAACUAUAGUCGUCUGUUGUACGAUAUGAACAUAAGGUAGCAAACUCACAGGGUGAAACGUCUUUCGGAACCGUCUCGUCCAGAGGCGACAGCGUACUGUUCCGGAUAUCUGCUUCCGGUGACGACGGUAGUUCGGGCAGGGAUUGAAUUUAGUGUCGGCGACCGAGGUAAUGACCAGACAACCAGCUGGCGUAGCUAUGAAAAUGGAAAGACAGAUAUUGUGUAUAAUAUUAUGUAAGAUUGACUUUUUUCAAACUUUUGUCUU